AUGUGUCCAUUCCCACGCGCUCACGUUGUGACGUCAGCGAUGUCCACUCGACGUACGGAAGGGCGUGACCUCACGACGCGGAAUACUGCACGAUCAGUCCCUCGAUGUCAUGAGUACCGCCCUGCACCUGCCGACGACUGCUUCAAUCUCGACGUCACCAUCCGCCUCCAGAAUUCACGAAUGUCCCUCAGCCAACGCCCACACACCGCAGCGGUAUGUAGUUGGAACUUUAGGGUACUGUAUUGUACAUCUUGA